AUGUCUUCGAACCAGCCAUCGCAAGCUUCUACUGCCCCUGCGUCUCUUCCAUCUGGUACUAGUCUCGAAGCUGUCAUUGGUGGCAUUGGCUACAGUCUUCCCUCCUCGGAUGAAGACUCAAUCGAAGUAAUGCUGCUUGAUGGCUCCGUUGCACAGCUCUUUGCCGGCAGGAUCAUCAUCGGAGAUCAGACUGUGACCUUACCCUCGGACUUGAGCAGCGAGACCACGCUCCCUGGGGGUAUCAGUGCCAAGCCUGCCGAAGCUACAACACCUGAUGAGGACGACAAUGACAAUGACGGCGGUGGUGGGGUCGGUGGCCUUUUCGGUGCGCUUGGAGGCAUUGCAAAAGGUGCGACAUCCGCGCUCGGUGGAGCUAUCGGUGGUGUGGAUGCCGUCACGUCAGGUGCCCUGGCGUUUGCUGGAGGGACAGCUGGUGCUAUCUCAGGUCCACUUAAAGGAGCCAUUGGUGACACGGGCAAGUUUGUUUCCUCCUUGAACGGUAUACAGAAGUCGUUCCCCGGAAACGAGCUCACGAAAGGUGCUUUCGACACCUUCACCCGUGCCCAUCAACUCGCUCGUCAGUCUUUGAACUGGAUGAAGUCGACGCAGAACUUAGCUCAGAACUUUGGCGACUUAUCAUCCGACGUCCAAUCCAAAGUCAUGUCAGGCGCGGGCGAGUUCGUAAAGGCUGGUGGUACUUUAGCUCAGUGCAAAACUGCCAUGGAGGCCUUUCAGGACUUUCCUUGGGAAGACGCCGAAGUACCGAGUCAGACAGCGCAGCCUAGUGCGACAGACAAGCCUACCGAAACAGCCUCGACGCAGAGUACCAAGGGGACUUCCACCGCGCAGACCACCUCUCUGCAGUCGACUACAGACUUGACCUCCACGACACAGAGGACGAGCUCUACUGUUACUUCGAGCCAGAUAUCGUCAUCUAGUAGUGAGACGCCGACACCCACCGCCAGUUCUGUACAGUGGUACCAUAUCGCUAGCAAGCACGAUACGCCUUGGGAGAAGUUCAAAGCCCUGAUCGACACACUUGACGGGGUCGAGAACUCAUUAGUCAGAUGGGACUACAUCGGAAGUUAUAUGUUCGUUGCAAAAAUGAAUGCGACACAAGCAACAGAAGUCUAUGAGUCUCAUGACUUCAUCAAGUGGAUUGGUAUCAACGAUGGUGGACCCCCGGAUGAGGAGUCAGAACAACAAGCGGAAGAAUUCCGAGCCGUCCGUACAACUCAGUCCAUCGGUGAUUCAGAGCUAGCGCCACAGUACCGUCCAACAUUGCACAACUCGUUCUCUCGUACUGUCGUACCACGGGCCUUAGGUAGUCCGGUUCCGAACGCUCCUUGGUGGAAGAAAGCGCUUUCGGCUCCACCUCCACGCCCCGGUCAAAAUCCUCUUACGCCAGACAACUAUCCGGACUAUCUGGCCGACGACACUGGUGGAGCAGGAACCACCAUAUAUGUACUUGAUGCUGGCUUUGACCCCUUGUUACCUGACUUUCUCUUGAAUGAUGCAGGCCGUGCCUUUGAGGAAAAAAUAGAAGGAAAUAGCCAUGGCACAGCUAUGGCAGCCCUCGCUGGCGGUGUGAACACAGGAGUGUCACCAAGGGCUGACUUGCAUCUCCUCAAGGUCAAGGGACAGUACAAACAGAGCCAUUACAACGAUGCUAAUCCUGAUCCGGCCACAAUAAUAACCACGAAGCAUGUCCCAUCCUCUGUUCUAUAUCGGAGCAAUCACGUCAUCAAUGAUGUCAAAAGAAGGAAAGGCGUCAGCAAGGCCGGUGGUUCCGAUGUGAAGUCUGUCGUCAAUAUGUCAUGGGGUAUCAGCGUCAGCGUUUGGGAGCCCUAUCCCGACAAAUUGCAGGAACUGGAACAACUUUGCGAGGAAUUCCUCCAGUUUUGCAGGAACGAAAAGAUUCCUGUCGUGGUCGCCGCAGGCAAUCGACCCACUACCAGCGACGUGAAUCGGAACCUACCGCACAAACUUUCCACGCCCGAGGAUACUAUGAUCAUUGUUGGGGGCGUCGAUGAAGCAGGUCGGGUCAUUCCAGAGAUGAUAGAUGACUCUGAGGGCCUUGUUCAUGUGUACUCACCCGGCAAGAACAUCGAGACUCCCGUCAACGGCGUGAGUGACGAGCUAGGUCUAGGCACCAGCCAAGCCGCCGCUAUCGUGGUAUAUGUCCUACUUCUCUAUCACGACGCAGACACUAACUUCGUACAGUCUGGUCUUAUCGCGUAUUACAAUGGCUUGCCUAACCUGGACCAAGGGUUGGCAGGUGCCAAUGGUGGCUUCUUGGGAGCAAAAGGGUGGGUCGUUUCCCACGCUUGGCCAAGAUCCUCUCCAAACUCCGACAUCAAUGUUGUGUACAAUCUUGCGAGGGGUGAUCCGGUUCACAGCGAUCUUUCGUGUGUACAGCGUCGCGAUAGAUACGGAAAACGACAAGAUGAGGGUCUUUGCUCGCUAUCAUCUAUCUCUGCAACAUCUCUGAGGUGA